AUGAAAGCAUUUAUGGUAUUAGCUGCCGUAGCGGCCAUCAGCUCAGCCAGACCCGAGGCUGGCUACUCCUAUAACGCCCCUGGCGGUGGAGGGCACUCCUCUGGCAGUCACUUCGGUGGACUCUCUGGCGGAUUCUCUGGCGGCAGCUUGGGAAGCAUUGGCGGAUUCUCAUCAGGAGGAGGAGGUUUCGGCGGCGGCUUCGGAGGCGGAAGCAUCGGCGGAUUCUCAGGAGGUUUUGGCGGCGGUUCCGGUUUCGGCGGAGGCGCUCUUGUCCAAAAACAUAUAUACGUCCACGUACCACCCCCAGAUCAUGAAGAACAUCGCCCUCUGGUCUUAGGAGGAGGCGUGCCUCAAAAACACUAUAAAAUCAUCUUCAUCAAAGCCCCAUCGCCUCCUGCACCUAUCACGCCUAUUAUCCCAGCUCAGCCUCAGAACGAAGAGAAGACUAUUGUAUAUGUGCUGGUUAAGAAGCCACAGCAACAGCAUAUUACUAUACCAGCUCCCGCGCCGAUUCAGCCAUCAAAGCCUGAGGUUUACUUCAUUAAGUAUAAGGCUCAGAAGGAAGGCGGUAUCGGGGGUGGAUCUAUUGGAGGUAUCGGAGGUGGUAUCGGCGGUAUCGGAGGUGGAUCUAUUGGAUCUAUCGGAGGUGGUAUCGGAGGCGGAUCUAUUGGAGGUAUCGGAGGUGGUAUCGGCGGUAUCGAAAGUGGAUCUAUCGGAGGUAUCGGAGGUGGAUCUAUCAGAGGUAUCGGAGGUGGAGGUAUCGGCGGUAUAGGAGGUGGUAUCGGCGGUAUCGGAGGUGGAUCUAUCGAAGGUAUCGGACAUGGUAUCUCUGGCGGUGGCAUUGGCGGUGGUCACAUUUCUGGAGGGUCAGUCAGCUCAGCUUACGGAGCCCCUGCCCACUCAGGCUCACAUUAA